UGGCAACAGGGGCAUCGGGUCACAGGUAUGACAGCGGGCACUGGGUCACCAGGCGUCUGGCUCGAUCAGGUCAUUUGGCUCGACAGCGGGCAUCGGGUCACCAUGCCAUCUCGCCAGCAAGGCAGUGGGCACCAAGUCACCAGGCACGACAGUGGGCUCUGAGUCAAUUGGCACAACAGCGGGCACCGGGUCAUCAGGCAUGACAGCGGGCACUGGGUCAACAGGCAUUGGAUUGUCUGGCUCGACAGCAGGCAUCGGGUCACCAGCAU